UCCUCAUACCUAUCUCACUCCCCCAUUCUUUUCCAUCAACACCUUGACCUCUUGAAUUGAUUUUAUGCCACCAUAUUCACCAUUGGUGUUGUAUCUGUACUUCCAUCACUACCCCUCUAAACCUUGGAUCUAUCUCUUUCCAUCAUUUGUUUGCCACAAACAAAGUGAUAACAAAUUUUCCUUUUAAUGCAUAUCACUCUCACUCUCCAUUUCUAUCUCUAUGUCUCAACCUCCAUCAACAUUACCUCCUCAACAUCAUGCACAUGGAUGAUGUGCAUCUCUCUCUCAUUGUUCAUUUUUGUUUGGCAAGAAUGGAGCCGGCCAAUUUGUGUUUGCAUUCAAAAUUCGGCCAGCACUAUCUCCCCUUUUUCUUCUUAUACAAGCCAUGCCUCCCACCUACCCCAAUCCAUAAAUGGGCAGCCUCCCAACCAACUCAAUCAAUGAGGAGGCUACCUCCCAACCAACUCAAUCAAUGAGGAGGCAGCCAACCCACCCCCUCUCCCUCUAUAUAAAGGGGCUUGGCAGCCCACUCCCUCCUCACUUGCUCUCAUUUCCCACUCUCCACUCCUCUCCACUCCUCUCCUUUGCCUCAUUUCUUUUCACUCCCUACUAUUUCCUCCACUCCCUCACACUCUCCUCCUCCACUUCCCCACGAAAAUGGUGCUCCCCUUUGCUCCCAUGGCCGGCCAUAGCCAUGGCAAGCCACCAAGAUGAAGCUCUCCCCCUCCCUCAAGCUCAUCCUCACCAUGAGAGCCUCCCUCUCCUUCUUCUCCCUAACCUUAGAUGGUUUAAUCUCCUCUUCUUCUCCCUCCAUUGCUAAGAUUGGAUCUUGAUGCAGGUGCAUGUUGGUCCAAGCAUGGAGAAGAUUCUGGUACGAUCUUGUAAAAUCCGCCAAAUCUCGUGUGCAGAUCCAAAUCAAGUGGUUCAAAGUUCUGCAGAUAGAUCAAGAUCUAGUCAGAUCUGACUUUGUCGAAUUAAAUCAGGAGAUUGGAAACGAAUUUUUGAAUGAAACCAGUUGGGGGAUGUUUGGUUUAUACUAUGGUGAUAACCGAGAGAGGCAAUUGCUAAGUUGUGAUACUCUCAUACCUUUACUAGACGCGAGCAAUUCCGGAGAAGAAGAAGAAGUGGAAUUGGACAAGGAUUUUAUUUAUAUUGUUGGGAUUCUUAUAUUGAUGGAGUUGAAGAAGUACGGGGACAAAUAAGCCAAGGCAAGCCAUCUUUUGAUCUCCGAUCCGGUGUCUAGUUGGAUGUCAUUUGUUGAUGUUCAAAGCGCCUUCAUUCUAUGUGUGUUAUUAUCUCUAUUUAUGUCAUCUAUGUGUGAUUGCAAGUGGGGUACUCCCUAGUGGUGAUGCUCCACUAUUGUCCUUGUGUUAUGGGAUGCAUGGUAACAUGGCCGUGCUAUUCCACUUGGUGAUCUUGUAUGCUCAACUUGAGCAUGUUCCAUCUCAAGAUAUUAACUUACACCACACCCACCCCCUUUGUAGUAUAGAGGUAUCAAUGUCAUGAUCUUGGUGUAUUCUCAACUUGAGAGGAGUAUGCCGUGUACCAUCUUGGAGAAUAUGUUGGAUAGUGACACUCCACUAUCUAAGUUGUGUAAUUAGCACCACAAAUCUGAGAGUAUAUUCCUCCUUGUGUUGUCAUAAUA